AUGGCCAAGGCCAGGUCGUCGGCCGGCGAGCAGCGCAUCGCCUGCAGCAGCGCAAUAGAGUCAAACGGUGGCGGCGGUGGCCACGCGCUGUCCUCCAAGGUCGCCAGGUACCUCUACCCGGAGGCCUCCUGCAACAAGGUUUAUGGCUUCUCAUGGAUUGUACUCGUUGUUAUGGUUCUUCUUUUCAAGCUUUUUACUGCAACUCCGAAGAAGUCGACAGCCUUGCCGACUUUUGUUCGGUUUCUGCAGGGCGUCCUUGCUAUUGGGAUAAUUUCAGGAAUUGCCCUUCUUAUCGUGCUCACAUCGUUCACUGUUGCUGAUUUAUUUGCAAGUGCACUUGCUUUUAUAGCAACUGGCUGGUGUGUCUUAUGUCUGGCCGUCGCAUGGAAGAGGGUAGUGAAAGCCCUUGGGCUAUGGGAUUCAGUCCGUGAGAUUGCAAGGAUGUACGAUGCAGGAAUGGGCGCCAUCAUCUUUGUGCCCAUCGUCUUCUUCUCGUGGUUCCCCUUUGUGUCAACAUUCCAGUCACUCCUCCGUGGAGCUCCGAGAAGAGGACCAGAGGAGGACGAGGAUGAGGCCGACGCCGACGCCAACGCCGACUCUGACUCGGACUCGACUUCGACUCACCUGCUCCCAAGCGAGCAAGGCAAGCGAUCAUAUUUAGAUUAA